GAGGAGGAGUCGUGGUUGAUGUCUGAGGCUGCGUGCGGAUCCAUUUUCGCUCGGUUUGUCGUUCAGGCCCAAACACACACAGAUAUAACACACAGACACAUAUAACACACACACACAGAUAUAACACACACACACAGACACAAACACACAGACAGAUAAACACACACACAGAUAUAACACACACACAGACACAGAUAUAACACACACACACAGACAGAUAAACACACAGACAGAUAAACACACAGACACACACACACGCAGAUAUAAACACACAGACACAGACAGAUAAACACACAGACACACACACACAGAUAUAAACACACACACACUCACACGCGUCCCGUGAGAGUGACCCGGCGUGUGCUGCCGGCUCGCUCACCUCGGGGCCGGCGAAGCGAAACCCGCGGUCUCCCCUCCUCCUCCACCUUCUUCGUCGCCUCUCGACUUGUCACCCGGAGAGGGGGGGCGGGCAACAACAACAACAACCCACACCCCCCCGCGAAGAUGAGCGGCGUGCGAGCUACGGCCAUUGGAGACAUCGGCUUCUGGGCCGACCGGUCGCCGCUGCACGAGGCGGCGUCGCUGGGCCGCGCACUGCAGGUGAAGCGGCUGAUCGAGACGGGCGCCUGCGUGAACCUCGUCACCGUGGACUCGGUGACUCCGCUGCACGAGGCCUGCCAGAACGGACACGCGCUCUGCACGCAGAUGCUACUCUCCGCCGGCGCGCAGGUGGAGGCUCGUAACAUUGACGGGAGCACCCCACUGUGCGAGGCGUGCGCCUCGGGGAGCCUGGAGUGCGUGCGGCUGCUGCUGCUGCACGGAGCGCGCGUCAACCUCUCCAUCUUCACCGUGUCGCCACUCCACGAGGCCUGCCUCGGCGGCAGUGUGGAGUGUGUGCAGCUGCUGAUCGCUGCGGGCGCGCACCUGGAGGCGCACGACUGCCACCUGGGCACCCCGCUGCAUGUCGCCACCUACAAGCAGCACCAGACGUGCGUGCGGGCGUUGCUCGACGCCGGAGCGAACGUGAACGCGGCGAAGCUGCACGAGACGGCGCUGCACCACGCGGCGCGCACGCACGACGCGGCGCUGCUCGAGUUGCUCGUUGAGUUCGGGGCGCGCGUCAACGCCCGUGACAACCGCGGCCGCCGGCCUAGCGACUACCUCCCCGCCGGGUCGCCGUGCUGGGCCCAGCUGGCGCGAUACGAGAGACACCCCUCGUCGCUGCUGCAGCUGUGCCGCUUGGCUGUGCGCGGGUUCCUGGGUCCCCAGCGCCUGCACCAGCUGCCCCAGCUGCCGCUGCCUCGCCCGCUCAGGCAAUUCCUCGCCUACUCCUAACCCACACGGGCCCGCCACUCACCACAGUCCCUCGCCACUCGCUCACCGCCGGGCCAUCCACUCACAACCACCUACCUCCACCGCACCGACUUCUAACCCACGUGGCCCACCACCUCGCCACUCGCUACCACAGGAUCGAGAUCCACUCACCAUUACCACCACCUCACCUACCCCCUAACCCACGUGGUUCGCCACUCACCACCACCACCCCCUGACCACUCGUUCACCAUGGGGGCACCCACUCACCGCCACCGUCUUCUCACUGGUUUGAUCACCGCGGAUAUCACAGAUGUACUCACUCACCAUCGCCUCACCUAGGAGCCCGCAGAAACACCCACACACCACCGAAUCGAUGGUGCUUUCGCUCACCACCGAUUCCUCACCGUGCUCACUUUACCGCGAGCUUACAGAACCACUCGCUCCCCAAUGGCCACGCCGCCCUCGCUCACCACGCAGCUCACAGAACCACAGAACAUGCUCACGGUGAGGAAACGGUGGUCGCCUGCGCCGGUCAGCUGCGUCAAGCCGAGGGAUGGCGCAACAUGGUGGGGGGGGGGUCGAAACGGUAGGGGGCACCGGAUCUGUAGCGGUGGUGUAUGUAAGUCCUCGCAGCGAUCCGUGGUCGCGAUUCGAUCUGAGAAUCCAAUCUGUUCUCUCUUUAUUACAGAAGUUAAAUAAAUAUAUACAGUAAUAUAUCAUGACAGGGAUUGUUUAACGAUCAUCUUUAUUGAUUGAUGCCGCGGAAACGACCAAAAUUAUUUGGAGGCGGUACCCUGAUAUGUUCAUCGUCGCCAUCAUCGUCGUCGUCGUCGUAACGUUGCAUUGCAACGCCGCGUAUUCGACUGGCUGGGGACCCCAGGCGGGCGGAUAUGUGAAUACGUGAACGGUUGGCUCUGUGGACGCCUGUAGAAAACGAGGGUUGCGCCGCGGUCUGUGCGCAAACGCUUUCACGCGGUGUGGGGGGGGGGGGGCGGUUGAUUGGUCACGUGACCGGCGAUCGGAGACUUGGCGUCGUGCGGCAUUUACGAGAGAGCCGAGAUACUUCACGGCUCGAGGUGACGGCCGAAGCGCCGCCGUCGCCGCCGACAGCGCGUCGGCCGAUCCGUCCCAGCGCCGCCGAUGGUGACAUUGGCGAAGCGAUAACGUGCCAAGACAAAAAUGUCGUCGGAAGCCAACGUCGUGCCAACGUCGAUGAAUUUUGUUCAUAGUUUACCCCUCCCCCACCUGUCCCCCCCGCCCCCACUGCCCACAACGCCCCCACCGUGCUCUAAAUGGACACUGGGUGACAUUGAUCUCGGCUGCCGUACCGGAGGAAUUCCACAUUCCUAUGGUGGGGCCCUGUCAAUCCAUAGGAGCAAUCGUUGUUUGUUUUUCUGCCGGCAGUGGUCAUUGCUCCGUGUGUGCGAUGUACGUGACCUCUGUAUACACUACACACACUACACACAUACACAAAGAUUCCCCGCAUAGCCUUCAAUAGGCUGUUGGGGCAAGUACUGUUAGCAGGAAUCUAUUAAGGCCCUAUCUAGGACACAAGGGGGGAUAGGUGGCCAACAACACGACCGGCCGCCUUUGUCUCUCCAGUGCUAAUGGUUUUACACACCACACAAGGUACCGGGAGGUCCCGGGACCGGCUCAGAUAUUCGCCAUUGUUGUUGGUCGUGAGCGGGAAUUGAACUCGGGCCACCCGGUUCGUAGCGCAGUGUGCUGAGCACUGCACCACCGCUCCCCACCUCGCCACUAAAAUACACACGCCCGCAAAACACCUCAAUGUUGGAAAAUGUACCUGCACAUUCCUCAGUUGAUAUCACGCAGCAGCAGCAGCAACAUCGCCCCCUACUGUGAAACCUGAGAAGGAGCCUCCUGAAAGAGAGGGCACAAGCCGGCGUGAGUAGGUUAAAUGUUGAGUUUUAUAAGGGCACCACGGGGUGACCAGCCCCUCCCCACCCAGCCCCACCCCUCCC